CAACAUAGCUUUAUUUAUCGCUUUAUUUGGUAUUAUAUUAUCCAAGGGUCGUUGCAUUAUGCGUAGGUGACUGUUAAAGCCCUUGGGUCUCUUGUUUAUUAAUUGGAUCCUAAUAAUCAUGUUCAUGCGGGAUGUAAUUGACUGCCUAACUACUAGUAUAUUGUACCAAUGGACAUCGAGAAAGUAAAUCUUUCUAAAUUUAUUUUUAUUUCGGUUUCACAAACUAGAAAGCUCGGUUUCACAAACCAGGAAGCUUUUUAAAACAUAAAUUUUAUUUCAAAAUAAAAAUAGAGUUUAAAUAUGUCUUACCUUUACUCUCUGGAGAGGAGAAUUAUACUGGUUUUCCUUGUGUAUUUCACUUUUCUUACUUCAUUAUCGGAAGCCUCCAUAUACCUGACAGUUUUCCCCCCUGGCCCCGUGGAGGAGAAUCAGAACGUGACAAUUCAAUGCAACUUUGACAACAAUCCACUAGAAGCAGCUUUUUACUCUACUGCAAACAAUAAUACUUUCUGCAAUCUAACAUCAGAUUCAUCAGGAUCAAACUGUAAAGCCAGUUUUUGUUCUCUAAAUUACUAUACAACCUGUCCGAAUGAUACAACAUAUCGUGUGGUUUAUCCUGUUCCCAGGAGAUGGAAUGGAGAAGGAGUUUAUUGCAAGAGAUUAUUCUCAGACGAGAGAAGUAAUCUAGUCAAUUUCAAUGUUUUAGUUUCAGUAACAUCAGUGACCCUGACCCCAACUAACAUUGUGGAUGCUGGUAAACAGAUAAAUCUAACAUGUCAGACAGACUAUUGUAACCCAGCAGCCAGUAUCACGUGGUACAAGGCAUCAUACAUUGUAGCCACGCCCACCACUUACACUAGAGAUAUAAACAGCAAUGGCUUUGUGAGAACGACAUCCGUACUACAGUAUACAGGUGUGCCAGAGGACAAUGGUCAACAACUUUAUUGUAAUGCCAGCAACAGACCAUCAUGGCAAAAUGUAGGGUCCAACAAAUACACACUGGAUAUAAGAUAUCCUCCAUCCACUGACCCUGCCAUAACAGCCUCCCCUCCAGGACUUCAGUAUAACACAGGGACUACAGUCACAUUGACCUGUCAACUGUCAAGAGGAAACCCUGUAGCCACGUUGUCAUGCAGAUGUAAGAACAUAGUGAUAACAGGAACCAAUCAGAGUAACUCUACUACAGCGGUCUCUAUGUUGUCAUUGGUGAUGGAUAGUUCCUACAACAAUCAGCAGUGUACUUGUACAGCGAAUCACAGGCUACUUACCAGCCCUAAAUCUACGAGUGUAUCACUGACCGUAUUCUAUCCUCCAUCUACAUACCCUGUCAUCACAGCCUCCCCUCCAGGACUUCAGUAUAACACCGGGACUACAGUCACCUUGACCUGUCAACUACCAGGAGGAAACCCUGUAGCCACGUUGUCAUGGAGAUGUAAAAACUUAGUUUUGAUAGGAAUCAAUCAGAGUAACACUACUAAAGCUGUCUCUGUUUUGUCAUUGGAGAUGGACAGUUCCUACAACAAUCAGCAAUGUACUUGUACAGCUAACCACAGCUUACUAACCAGCCCAAAAUCAAGGAGUGUGUCAUUAACUGUAUUCUAUCCUCCAUCCACUCACCCUGUCAUCACAUCCUCCCCUCCAGGACUUCAGUACGACACUGGAACUAUAGUCACCUUGACCUGUCAACUGUCAGGAGGAAACCCUCUAGCCACGUUGUCAUGGAGAUGUAAGAAUAUCGUUAUGACGGGAACCCAUCAGAAGACCUCUAUCACACCCGUCUCUAUGUUGCCAUUUGUGAUAGAUAGUUCCUAUAACAAUCAGCAGUGUACUUGUACAGCGAAUCAUAGCUUAUUUACCAGCCCUAAAUCAAGGAGUGUGUCACUGACUGUAUUCUAUAACAAUGUUAUAACAUCAAGCUGGAAUAAAACAUAUUCUGUCAAAGAACAUGAACGUUUUCAACUGGUUUGUGAAGUGGAUGGAAAUCCGUCAUCUAACAUCACGUGGGUGUUCGUUAGAAAUAACAGCGUUAUAAUAAAAGACUAUAAUGUUAAGAAAAGCUCAUUGGUAAUAUCUUCAGCAAACUGCUUAGACUUUGGAACUUACAGAGUAUUUGCAGACAAUGGAAAAGGUCGAAAUGCUAGUAUAACUACAAAAUUGUUGGUGAAAUGUAAACCUCGGUUAUACCUCAUGGAUUCUCUAACUCCAGUCAAAUUAGUUUUCGGAAAAAAUAAUUCUCUUCAAAUAUUUGUGAGAAUUUUAUUGUUUCCACCAGCCACGCAGACAACAUGGCAUUUUUCAAAAGAAGAAAAUGAAAACAAAGUCAUCACGGAUUCUGUAGAUGGGUACAGAAUAAUGUACACGAAUGCCGAAUUUGAACAAAAUAUUACUCUUAGCAAAAACGUUGUUAAUACAGGGGACUUUGGAGAUUAUACACUUAGAGUGGAAAAUGAAAUUGGUGCCUUUACCAGGAUCUACAAUGUGGUAGCAGAAUGGCCACCUUUAGAGCCCAUGAACUUUACAGCGAGCUGUGAAAAUUCCAUAAAGAUUUCCUGGAUUUCUAACUUUAAUGGUGGGGAUGAUCAAAGAUUUCAAGUUUCAUAUUCAACUGAUGGAUGUUCGAUAGAGUCUUUUAAAGUUCUUAAAGAGGACAUAAGUGAUGAAGGGAAUGGCAGGCCUCACAGCUAUAUUCCGAGUCUUGAGAUGGAAGGACCAUUAUGGUUUACAAUAACUGCUUCCAAUAAGUUUGGAAAUACUACAUCAGAUGAUAUUUUUUGCAAUGCUGUUAAAAACUUGCAGGCUCAAGAUUCAAAUAAACAAGAACUAUCAGUAAUCGGUGGCACGAUUGGUGGAGUUGUUUUUGUUGUACUUGUUGCAAUCUUGAUAUUUUUGAAUACAAAAUAUCAAAUUCAAAUUAAAUGUGUUGAAAGAAAAUCAAACCAAAGUGGCGUGAAAAACAAUGUAUCAGACAAUACCUCAGAAACAGCUGGUCCUCAAACGGAGAUGAGCGUCCAGUAUGAAGAACUAAAAAAGACUAACCCGAAUCAGGAAAACAGCUAUGAGAAUAUCAGUUCACAAAAUAAAAAAAGAAUAUCUGGUGCCACAUAUGAAGAUUAUCAACCUCAAAAUGAAGAAAGAAAGUAUGAAGAAUUUACAGGUCCGAAAGAUGAAAAAGAUACCACUUACACGAACUCCAAGGUCUUGUCCCCUGCAAAUGUUUAUGAAAAUAUGUCAUUCAAAGGAAACUGAGAACCAGCUGGUCUAUACAAGAAUCUUCGUUUAUUAUUGUUGGUUUUUUUUCUUAAAUUAUCUCGAAAAUUGAUAAGAUGGUGAUUACAUGUGCAAUAAGGUAAAUAAUUUUGAAAAUGUUUUUGUAUACCUUAUCAUACUGUAAAUAUUAUGUUGUAAUGCAUUAUAUAAGCAGUAUUUUCCGCUUUAGUCAUGCAUGUUUAUAAAAGUAUUUUGUUAAAUUAUUUUUAUGUUUUAUUUAUGUUUACAAUUUCUUUGCAGAACCAUCUACAGUAGCCUUAAUAUACAU